AGGAGACACAGCACCAGGCUUACACUUUAAAUAACUAUACAGUGAACUGAAUAUGUCCACGACUGUGUGACAGCAGGGGGAAUGGGACCCGAGGAGGGAAAUAAAGAAGGAGGGCAGGUCACCUUCAUUCACCUGCACUACGGACUACAUGCACUUUAAAGCAUCUAGACUGUAUAUAUAAAGAUAUAUAAAGUACUCUUGUUUUUUCUUGGUUUUCCAUUGUCCCAUUCCUCUUAUUGCAAAUGUUUUUGUAUCACAUCCCCUGGUACAUUUCCAUAUCCUCAAAACCCUAAUUUAAAUGAAUAAAAAUAUUGAUUCAUUUCUCCUCGGAUUCUUUUAUCCGCCUGGGUAACAAACACAGUGAUGAGCAGGCAGAAUGUCUCCGCUGGUGAUUCCAGAAAUGACUGCUGUUGUUAUCCCGACUCGUUUACUGCUGACUUCUCUCUCUGCCAGCAAACAGAUGCCAUGUGCCUAACAGGACACAGAUAAAAACAGAGCCAGGAGUAAUGCUCUGGGGGCUGACAAACCAUCCAUUCAAACUUGAAUUGUAACACGGUGUUCAGCUCUAAUUUGGAGCAGAAUAAUUUUAUUUAUGAAGCCUUUAUCUGCAGUGGGAAUUAAGUGAAACUUUAGCCUAGACAAACUAAAGUAUACUGUUAAUGUAUUCUAACUUACAAUAUUGUAUUCAUCCAUCAGACCAUAAGUUACAUUUUAAAGUGGAAAUAAUGUAUUGAUGGUUAAAGCAUAGCUCCUAAACUUUAUAGCAACUUGGUCGCCAUCUACUGGUGUGUAGACCUUGUAUCACCUGAGUGUUCGACAAAAGACAAGAUCACUCACAAGCCUUAAUGUAUGUCAUGCACAACCACAUGAUAAAUAUGCAACAAAUAAUAUAUAAGAUUGUGUUGGAAAAUAUGCUGCGUAAUGUUCAAACUUAAUUCAUUCAUUAAUGUUUCUCUAAUGUUGCAAGUGAGAACUACAGUACAUAUAGGAUGCUGAACCUUUGCAUACACUUUGCUGUCUCGUACUGAAGGCGCUAAGUCUUUAACUUUAAAGGUCACCUAUUAUAGCCUCUCAUUAAACAAUAUAUUAUGGGUCUCAGAUAUAUACAAAACAUGUCUCUGAAGUGUCUGGCUCGAAAUAACAAAACAGAUCAUGUAUUAUAGCAUGUCAUAACCCCCUCUGUUUCAGCCCUGUUCCAAAAGUGCUGAUUCUGUGUCUGUAGCUUUAAAUGCUAACGAACAGCUGCUGGCCACGCCCCUCUGAGAGAUGAUUGGCUUAAAAAAACACUUCCUCUUCUCAAAAAUUAGAUGUUCUGUUGUUUAUUUGAGGAGUCUCUUUCUUUGUUACAGGGUUCGAGAUGUUUUUUCUCUGCUGGAAUGUAUUACUUAGCAAAAUAUUAAGUAAUACAUUCUCAUUGUGGCUGCUGCUAGGCCUCCUACACAUUUUCUAUUUAGUAGGCUACGUUUAUCAGAGAGGAGGCUCGAGGUCAGCUCAAAGACAUUGAGAAGUUUUGCACUUUCUGUCAAAUGUUAUUCACUGCUAAAUGAAGAUAUAUGGUAAUAUGUUAGUUGCCGACAGAUGAUGGAAAUGCUGCUAGAAAAUAGCAUUAAGCAUGGCUGUUACAAUUUUCAUUUACAUAAAACCUGGUCAACAACAUUAUUCCUUUUCUAUUUUUUCCUUCCAAUCACAUCAAAACAGCUUUUGAAUUUAAGGAAAUGAUAAGGCAUGUUUAUUUGUUUUUAUUGACUUAUUCUGCCUGUUAAGAAAUUAGUUUGUAUAUUGAGCAACGUAUGGAUGAACCAAUUCAAUAAACAAAACUUUGGGCAAUGGAAGGGCAGGUGCAAUCCCCUUGAAAAAAUGCAAUAUAAAGCAUUUACUGAGAGGUAAAUUCUUGACAAAAGAAAUAGCAUGAUAAUCAUUGAAAGAGCUCAAAGCAUGCACUAAGAAAGAGGCUAAGAGAGAGAGAGAGAAGUUUCAGGUGUUUGAUUCUGAGAUGAGAACCUGUGUGACUGUUUGAUGGAUGUGCUGAGGCUCUGAGCUGUAAUGCUCUCUGCAGUCAUUAAAGCCUGAGGGUGAAACCUUAUGCACCGUCUGCAUCUCUGCAUGCUUAAGCCACCUCGCUGUAUUUAAUAUAAGAACGGGGAUAGAUCAGCACUUAAGGUGCAUUAAACAUUAUACUGCUGCAUUAUUGUUUAUGUUAGGCGAGUUCCCACAUUAGCUCAUACAUCUUGCAUGUUCUCUAAUGGCCGAGUGCUUUUCCUCCGUUGAGGUAGGAUUAAACCAACACAUCAAAAACACUUUAUAAAAAUCCAUGUUUGUAAGUAAAGGAUAACUAGUAGCAACAUUUUAUUAGCUAGACGAUCAAUCAAGUCUGAUCACAGUUUAAAUCCUCUGACUCGUGCAAGGCAAAAUUAAGCAUUUUAAGGAAAAAUGAAGUCUAUUAUUUUUUAAAGUUUAUUUUAGUAUGUCAAACGAUUUAAUGACAGUUUAUAUUAUGAACUUUGAUAGAAGUACUCCUAAAUCACAAAAAAAAUCUACCAUUUUGCCAUAUACGAAAUUAAGGAACUACGUGAUUUAUGAUAUACAACUUUUAAAAGAAUACAAACAAACACGCACUACGACAUCAAAUCUCACUCUGAAAUAGAACUGUUACGUCGCGUUUGUGGUGUGCAGCAGCGAAAUGUUUUUUUUUUUAGUUGCACCAUCCCAGUUCAUUAGUUCACCGUAGCUGUUUGAUUCAGACAUUAAGAACAAGCCCAUUUACAUAAACCAUCAGCGGCAAUCAAAAUGCAUUUCUGGCCUGCCUUCUCUCCUUCAAUAUUUAUCUCUCAACAAUUGAUUUGCCCUCCGCCCCCCUUUCCUACUUUAACUGAGUCCAUUAUGUUGUGCAGAGUCAUCAGCUGUGAACUAUUUUCAGAUUUUUCUUCACUUACAUUGUCUUCCAGCUGCUGUAAUAAUACAACGCCUCACUCGUGCCUUUGCAACACCAAGAGUUCUUUUAGACCAACAUUACUCUGCAUGUAAGGAACAGAAGCUAAUUAUUGACCUCAAUGGUGAGCAGCUCAUUGUUCAGCACAGGUUUAAUGUCACUUUCCCUAACUACAAUGUCAUAAACAAAGCACCGGUUUAAUAGUCACAUUAUUUUUCUUCUUUAAGUGAAUCCUGCUGAGUUAUUGACUAUGUGUACGGCUGAACAACGUAGGAGACACAAGCAGCGCCACACAGGGCAGGGCCGGCUCCUUCUUUCUAAGUGCUGCUAAAUCCCAGCCAUCAGCGGAUGUGGAUCAAUGCUUGGUUUUACAGCUUUGCAUCCUUGAAAUGACUGAGCAAAUACAGACUGUCAAUCAGGGACUAUUAGUAAAAAAAUCCCUUCAGUAACAACCCCCUCCUGCCUUCACCAACCUCCAACACCAACACUCAAACACACACACAGCCCAGGACACAGAGGAGAUGGAGUGAGUGUGGGGUGGAGCCCCUGAGUUGAUGGAGUUGUGGGAGCGAUCUUAAAAUGAACUGUCCAGGAGGUAAAACACCGGCUGUAGUAACAGAUGGAUCUUUGGAAAGCUUUGGAUCAUUUAAGUCAAUUAACAUUGUAUGAUUGUAAUAUUUCUGCACACAUGAUGGACUUUUAAUCCAAACGAAGAUGCUCUACAGGCGAUCCAAAUGAGGAUUCUAUUUGUUGCCUUAUUGGUCAGUGGUUGAAGUCAGGGGUUUCUUUUAAGUGAAUGCUGAUGCCUGGAGAGAAGCCCUGACGUGGCAGGAGGAAGUUAACAUCGAGGUUUUGUUUUAGAGGGCUUUUGCACAGGCAGUAUCUAAUGCAAGGCAACAAUGGGAUUGGAUGGCAUGGAAGUAAUUGCCAUAGCUGUUGUUAUCGGGCUGUUUGUUGUUGUGCUCAAACAGUUUGGGGUUUGGGAGCCCCUGUCACUGGAAGACAGCUGUGAAGGCGACCUUGAACUCUCAAUGGUGCGUCACCAACCCGAAGGCCUCGAUCAGCUCCAGGCCCAGACACAGUUCACCAGGAAGGAGCUCCAAUCGCUCUACAGAGGCUUUAAAAAUGAAUGUCCCAGUGGGCUGGUGGAUGAGGAAACUUUCAAGAGCAUUUACUCUCAGUUCUUCCCUCAAGGAGACGCAACCACAUAUGCACAUUUCUUGUUCAACGCCUUUGAUAUGGACAGAAGUGGCUCCAUCCGGUUUGAGGACUUUGUGAUAGGACUGUCUGUGUUGCUAAGAGGUUCUGUCACAGAGAAACUUCGAUGGGCGUUCAACCUGUACGACAUCAACAAAGAUGGCUAUGUUACAAAAGAGGAAAUGAUGGCAAUAAUGACGUCAAUUUAUGAUAUGAUGGGCAGAUAUACCUUACCCAGUGUACGGGAUGAUUCUCCAUAUGAGCAUGUGGAGAGAUUCUUCCAGAAAAUGGAUCGGAACAGAGAUGGCGUUGUGACUAUUGAUGAGUUCAUAGAAACCUGUCAAAAGGAUGAAAACAUUAUGGCUUCCAUGCAGCUCUUUGAGAACGUCAUCUAGUUUCUGUUUGGAGAAGGGGUCAGUAUAGUGCUUCCAGCUGCAAAUCCCGGCCAUGAAAUAACUUCAUCCAUUCUAGAAAGGGAAACCUGGGUCGAGCAACAUAUUCGACUCAUUUUAACAAAACUAUUACUUUUCCUUUCAAAUUGUUCUAUGCAGAGAAGUGUGCAGAAAUCAACACAAGUGUUUUUUUGCAUGACAAUUGUGUUUAUGUACAUGAAGGGAAUGUGAAAAAAGUCACCAUACUAGAUGAGCAUGAGUGAAUGCCACACAAAGCAUGUGAUGCAAACUACAUUGAACACAAACAAAAAACAAAACAUAUUUUAAGUUUGAGUUCUACAGAUGCUAGUGUCCUAGAUGUGAUGCUGUCAUUGACAUGUUGACCCAACACCUGCUGAAAUAAAUAAACUACCUUCACAUUCUGAA